AUGCCCUUCAAUACAGAACUCACCCGCCGACUAGGCAUCCGAGUCCCCGUCGUGCAGGGCGGCAUGCAAUGGGUUGGCUACGCCGUGCUCGCCAGCGCCGUCUCCAACGCCGGCGGCCUCGGAAUCCUAACCGCCCUCACCCAACCCACGCCCGAAGACCUACGCUCCGAGAUCCGCAAAUGCCGCUCCCUCACCGACAACCCAUUCGGUGUGAACAUCACCCUGCUUCCCUCACUGAACCCACCAAAUUACACCGCUUACGCCAACAUCUGCAUCGAGGAAGGCAUCAAGAUCGUGGAGACGGCAGGGAAUUCACCCGGCCCGGUGAUCAAGCUGCUGAAGGACAAUGGUGUGACCAUCUUGCACAAGUGUACGACGAUACGACAUGCCCAGUCAGCGGUCAAGCUGGGGGUGGAUUUCCUGAGUAUCGACGGGUUUGAGUGUGCGGGACACGUAGGGGAGAGCGACAUCACGAAUUUCAUCCUCUUGUCACGGGCGCGGCAGAGUUUGAAGGUUCCAUUUAUCGCCUCGGGCGGGUUUGCGGAUGGGCAGGGUCUGGCUGCUGCGUUGGCACUUGGGGCGGAGGGCAUAAAUAUGGGCACGAGGUUUAUGUGUACGAUUGAAGCACCGAUUCAUCAUAAUAUCAAGCAGGCGAUUGUGAAGGCUCAGGAGACGGAUACAGAGCUGGUAUUGAGACGCUGGAGGAAUACGACGAGAUUGUUCAAGAACAAGGUCACCGAUGAGAUUCGGGAAGUGGAGAAGGGGAGCCAGGAGGGGAAAUUUGAGGAGGUGGCUCCAUUGGUCAGUGGGAAAAGAGGUAGGGAGGUUUAUGUGAACGGGGAUAAGGACUUUGGAGUCUGGACGGCGGGACAGGUCAUUGGGCUGAUCCAUGACGUGCCGACCUGUGAGGAGCUGGUGGGAAGGAUUGAGAGAGAGGCCUUAGAGGCAUUACAGAAUAUGCGGAGUCUGUGGCGUGAAGACAACCCUAGUAAGAGUAUAGCGAGGGCGAGUAAGUUAUGA